UCAUUGAGCGUCGUUUGCGUUAUGGAUUGGAAACCGAUUUUAAAAUUCCUAAGCUACUUGGAAAUCAAUCUCUUCCUGCUGAUACCCUUUGCAAUUAUGAUUUCGUUGGCACUGGUGUGCUUUUGCUAUCACUGUCAUCAGUGUGUUCGCGAUCGUCGAAGAGCUCGGAUCGAAAAUCGGGUAGUUCCCUUGCCUCUGAACCGAUUGUCGAUUAGUCCCGGAUGCUCCAUAGUCGCCAGCACCAAAUUGACUCAUAGUCGGAACAGCGCAGACAACUAUUAA